ACGUCGUAAUCAUUCGGCAGUUUCCGUGUUCCACGUAAGCAGGGAGAAACUCGGGAAGUCGAUAAGAAUGGCCCUAGUAGAACCUUGCAAUAAAUCUUUUCUAUUUUCUAAUUCUCUCUUCGAAAACAGACUACUCAACAUGGAAAAGUGGUUCUUUUAUGGGGUCAGAAACCCCUUCUGCCAUUCUACAAGGUCUACAUAGUUUGUUUCGAUUCGCGUUAACCUCUGUGACAUUUGUUUACCAAAUUCCAAACUUUCUCAGACAUCUCUCAAACUGCUUGUUAUAGCCACCUGAAGAUUAUAUCUGGUCACCAGAUAAUAUCUGGUGACAAUAUCCUGCUGUGUUAAAUGGAAGGUCGUCAGCGACGUCAUUCACUAGAGCUACGUUCCAAACAGAUUAAAGAGAAUUUACUUCUAUUGUUCUGCAGCAUAUUACAUGAGUAUGGUCCAUUAUCAGUGAACAGCAGUGAAUUUCAGCAGGUGUGGACAUCAAUUACUCCUGACCAACAGAAUAUUAUACAAUUUUCUGGGGGUUUGUCCAACUUUCUACUACAGUCCAAUAAUGUCUCUUUUAUUAAACCUGACAUUCUUUUCCUGAAGAAAGACAUUUCAGAAGACAGCCAAAUCACUGAACAACACCUGCAAACAGAUUCUGAUACAUCAAACCAUAUCCAAACAGCCAAACGUGAGUCUCUUUCACUGCAGAACAUUGUUUUCAAUGUUUUUGGAGAUGUCCUUACCCCAGACAAGAAUCAAAAAAAUACUCAGAACUGUCCCAGACAAACUGCUGUUUCGGUUACUGAGAGUGCGACACAAGAUAUUUGCAUUGAUGCCUUGAAAUCAGAAGAGCACAGUUCAAAUCAUCGCAACAAUUCACGAAAGAAGGCUUGGAAACGUGUAAAAAACAAGGAGGCUUCACCCACAAAACUCCAUGGCAACAGUCAGUCUCAGACAUGUAAAGAAAAACCUUUUUCAGAUGAAAGAACACUGAUUGAGUGUCAGCCAGGGUCUUCUAGAUGUGAUCCCUUGAUACCGUCCACAUAUAGCAUGGUAGCUGCCAAAAAUAUCCAAAGCAGAAAACCACCUGACUCUAUUGCGUUGAAUACUUCCAAGAAAACAGUAAAGGUGCCACCAGAUUUGACAGCUUCUGGCAGCAGAGGUGAAAUACCAUUGUGUUCGAUUUGCCAUGACACUUUACACAAUGAUAAAAUAAAUAAACUGCAAUGUGGCCAUAGUUAUCACGACCUGGUGUUGUUGCCUGACACCUUGAGGUGUUGUUGUCUGAUACCAUCUCUUUAUAUAUAACACAGUCUGUCUCUGACUCACUCCAUUCAAAGAUAACAUCUAAUGUCUGAGUGGAAUCAAGACAUUAAACAUUGUGACUGUCACAAAGUGGAGCUAUGCCAUUCAUGGAAAAAUGACUCAUGCAGCCCCUGUGAUUCCUGGUUGUAGUUAUUUUACACUACAUGUUUCACUAAGGACGCUAAGAAGAAAGCAUCAACAUCCGAACUUCCCAUUUAUUUCUACUCUCAAAAGAACAGAGACCCUCAACCUGCUACUAUCAAUGGUUUGGAGAAAAUGAAAUUUGGUAAGCUGACUUGUGACCGACACAUGCAGCAUAGAUAAAACUAGUUGCCCCAGGGUAACACACAUGCUAUCAUGUCCAGUAGCUGAGAUUUCUUAUAGUACGACUGUUAGGGAACCAACGAUCCACCAAGAAGCUACACAUGUAUAUACUCCCAUUUAAGAUUGUCUAACAUUGUUCACCAAGAAUUGUUAUUGUUUUACACACACAAAGACACAGACGGACAAAUAAACACAUGCACACACACAUACAACCCCCCCCCCCACUUCACUUUGUGUAGCUCCCCAAUUUUAUGCUUGUGUGGUACUCUGUUGCUAUGUUCUCAUUUUGGUGUUUUGAAUUAGAUUAAAAAUCAUUUUAAAUUUCAAGUUCUAAGAUGAGAUUGCAGCAGAAACCGUAAUUAAUAAAACACACUAAUUACGAACUGAUUCUCAUCUGAUUGUCAAGGAAAGGAAGGUUAUUUAAAAUUUAACCUGGAAGUUAUAACUUACUCCCCCACAUACCUUUUCUUUUCCACAAGUAAUAUCUAGCCCUCUACUCUAGGUUCCCUACAUUCAUUAUAAUAAUUUUUUUCUAACAUUGGCAGAAGGUCAGAAACUGCAGGGGAGUGUGGUAGUCAAUUAGGUUAAUUUCUCUAUGUAUUUUAUCAACAUCGGAAAGAUAAAAAGGUAGAGCUGAACUUGGUGGGAUUUGAACUCAGAACAUAAAGAACCAAAACAAAUACCACAAUGCUCCAACAAUUCUGCCAAUAACAAUUUCUUUCAUGGGAAGAAAACCAGGAAUUUGUAGAAGAUGAAGAGGUAUCAAGUGAAGUUUAUAGUUUUAGUGACUUAGUUAUAGGGAGGUAGGAUGAAAACUGUUAACCUGGCCCCUAAAACUGGUGGCAGGAACACAGAAAGUUAUGCUUAGACUGCUGACAUAUCCUACGUACCAACAGUCACACAGUGGACCCUACUAAAAACACCAAAGAGGAAGGUAGUUCUGAUACACCAGGUGACGGAUUAAGUCGACCACUUAAAAUUGAAUCGACACCAGUAUAUAACUGGUACUAAAUAAUGAUUGUAGAGAUAAUAAAAAUAAUAAUAGUAAUAAUAAUGACAAGUAAACGUUUUAGUGCUUUGUUCAGUUUAGCAGAACAAUGGCGGUGCUGUGCAUUUUUGUUUCACUUGGAAAGAAAUUUGGUUUCUUUAAAAACAUCAGAAUAUAUCAACACUGUAAGAUAUAAAAGUUGGCUUUAUAUAUAUAUAUGUGUGUGUGUGUGUGUGUGUGUGUAUGUAUAUAUA